AUGGGAAGCUUCGACGGCGAACAGGUGAAGGAGAUAGCACAGGCCCUGAGCAAAGCAAGCACCGCUUCCUGUGGUCUGUCCGACAGCCUCCGCCAAAGGGAAAAAGAGAGAUGCCGAGUGGCAGUGCUAUCCCACGAGGCUGUAGGAGGGUUUGUGUCACACUGUGGAUGGAACUCUAUGUUAGAGAGCUUGUGGUGCGGUGUGCCAAUGGCCACGUGGCCGAUGUAUGCUGAACAACAAAUGAAUGCGUUUUAG